CUCGGGGUGACCCUCCCGCCGCCUCCUCCUCCUCCUCCUCCUCCUCCUCCCGCCGCCGCCGCGGAGCCGCCCGCGCCGGGGCCGCACGACACGGGCGAUGUCCUGCAGCAGAUCAUGGCCAUCACCGACCAGAGCCUGGACGAGGCCCAGGCCAGGAAACACGCCCUGAACUGCCACAGGAUGAAACCAGCCCUGUUCAGUGUCCUGUGUGAGAUCAAGGAGAAAACAGUGUUGAGUAUCCGUGGUAUCCAGGAGGAGGACCCGCCGGAUGCUCAGCUCAUGAGGCUCGAUAACAUGCUGCUGGCAGAGGGGGUGUCCGGGCCGGAGAAAAGAGGCCGAGGAGGAGGAGGAGGAGGAGGAGGAGGAGGAGGAGGAGGAGGAGGAGGAGGAGGAGGAGUUGGAGCGCUGGCGGGAGCAGCGGCAUCAGGUGGCUGUCCCAAUGACAAUAGCAUUGAGCACUCUGACUACAGGGCCAAGCUGUCCCAGAUCCGACAGAUUUACCACUCUGAGCUAGAGAAAUAUGAACAGGCCUGCAGCGAGUUCACCACGCACGUGAUGAACCUGCUGCGGGAGCAGAGCCGGACCAGGCCCAUCUCCCCCAAGGAGAUCGAGCGCAUGGUGAGCAUCAUCCACGGCAAGUUCAGCACCAUCCAGAUGCAGCUGAAGCAGAGCACCUGCGAGGCCGUCAUGAUCCUGCGCUCCCGAUUCCUGGACGCCAGGCGUAAACGGCGCAAUUUCAGCAAACAGGCCACGGAAGUGCUGAAUGAGUAUUUUUACUCACACCUGAGCAACCCCUACCCCAGUGAAGAGGCCAAAGAGGAGCUCGCCAAGAAAGGGGGCAUCACCGUGUCCCAGGUUUCCAACUGGUUUGGGAACAAAAGAAUCCGCUACAAGAAGAACAUGGGGAAGUUCCAGGAAGAAGCCAAUAUUUACGCUGCCAAAACCGCCGUGGACGCGACCAACGUGGUGGCCCAGGGCAACCAGGGCAACUCCCCCUCGACGCCGAACUCGGCUUCCUCUGGCUCUUUUAAGAUGACCAGUUCUGGGGAUUCCUUUAUAAACCUGCAGUCAUUGACCUCCUACCAGAGCUCUCCUGUGGGAGCCAAUGUGCAGUCCCAGAUGGAUUCCCUGCACCACGUCAUCCACCAGACGGGCAGGUACGACCCGCUCGUGGGGAACCCCCUGUACACGACGCAGCGCCUCGACGCCAAUGGCAGCUGGCAGGACCCCACCACCCCCUCAUCCAUCACCUCACCUGCCGGAGACCCGGGGAGCGUCAACUCCGACGCCUCUAAUUAAGUUUUUAGGACCUACUGAUGAGAGGAGAGAGGUCAUUAGUGUAAUUAGUCAAUGUUGCUCUUUUGCCAAUAUAAUUGUUGACUCACAAUUAAUUAAUUACCUCAGAACAAACCAAUAGAUUGUGAUUGCAGCGACACCUCUACCUCUCACCGCCGAGUUCUUCACCCCAUCGGGACCUGAAAUUGUUUUAAAGCAACUUCAUUUCCCUCACCAAAUUCAGUUUUUUUUAAUAAAAAAACGUGGAUUUUACGGUAAGAACCUGAAAAAAAAGAAGUGUCUCUUGGAACUUGGCGUUUUGUCUCCAGCUUUACAGCUGAAGAAAAUCGAUUUAUUUUCAUUUCUGUCAGGUUUUUUACGCUGGGAUUUCUGUUCUAGGUGAAUAGUUACUGACAGUUAAACCCCCGUAUUGUAAUUGUAUGUUCUCUGUAUUGUAAUUUUGUAUAGGAAAUUCAGCUUUUCUUAACUGAUUUAGUGAAUUAAUCAGAACGUUGCUUUACCAAACCUCUCACUGGACGUCGCUCGCGGGUCGGACCUUCCAUCGGUGUCAUUUAACGUCGGAAAAUGUAAUGGCUUUACUUUUUCCGGUGAAAAAGUGGAAAAAAAAAAAAAAAGAAAGAAAAAACCCCCAACCACCACAAAACAGCCGAACCACGGGAUUUCUCCCAGGAUACGAGGGGGGUUUGUGCAUUUGCUGUUAACAGUCUGCCCCUUUCAGCUGAGAUUUUAUCAAAGAUAAUAAACUUCCAAAGCCUUUUU